AACACACAGAGAACACAGAGAAGCAGAAUAGCAAUGGGAGCAGAGAGAAGGAGAUGCUGUUGAAGUAUUGAAAGCAGAAUUCCCAGGAUUUUUAAGAGUGGAAUACAGGACAUCAGCAUGACAAUGGGGCUGACCAAUGGAUAAUUAGUUAUGGUGCAUCCCGUUGCCUGACUUGAUCGAUUUCUGAGGGUGACGAAAACACUCAACUGUUGAAAGCACUGGCACACAAUGUCCGAGCACGAGGAUCUGAGCAAAGCUGUGGGUCACUGGAACUCCUCGGAGAGCUACCAGCUGAACCCGGCCAGCGUGAUCGUGUCUGUGGUCUUCUCACUCAUUUUCCUGCUGGGAACGGUGGGGAACAGUCUGGUGUUGGCCGUGCUCCUCCGCAGCGGCCAAGUGGGCUACAACACCACCAACCUGUUCAUCCUAAACCUCAGCGUGGCCGACUUCUUCUUCAUCAUCUUCUGCGUGCCUUUCCAAGCCACCAUCUACUCGCUGGAGGGCUGGGUGUUCGGCUCCUUCAUGUGUAAAGUGGUGCACUUCUUCAUUAACCUCACCAUGUACGCCAGUAGCUUCACACUCGCUGCCGUCUCUGUCGACAGAUACUUGGCCAUUCGGUACCCCCUGCGCUCGAGAGAAUUACGAACGCCCUGUAAUGCAGUCGUUGCCAUGGUAAUAAUUUGGGGUCUAUCUCUCAUUUUUGCCGGCCCUUACUUGAGCUACUAUGACCUCAUCGACUUUGAGAACAGCAACGUAUGUGUUCCUGGUUGGGAAGAGCAUAACCGCAAGGUGCUGGACACGUGCACCUUUGUGUUUGGCUACGUCAUCCCCGUGCUCAUUGUCAGCCUGUCCUACACACGCACCAUCAAAUACCUGUGGACGGCCGUGGACCCUCUGGACGGCAUGUCCGAGUCCAAGCGUGCCAAGCGCAAAGUGACCAAGAUGAUCAUCAUCGUCACCGUGCUCUUCUGCAUUUGCUGGCUGCCCUACCACGUGGUCAUCCUCUGCUACCUCUAUGGAGACUUCCCCUUCAACCAGACCACCUACGCGUUCAGGCUGCUUUCGCAUUGCAUGGCCUACGCCAACUCCUGCCUCAACCCCAUCGUCUAUGCCCUUGUGUCCAAGCACUUCCGCAAGGGCUUUAAGAAAGUCUUCAGCUGCAUCCUCAGCAAAAAGGGCCGCAACAAGGUGCAUGUGGUUCAUGUGGCGAACACCGUGCCCGGCUUCGAAGGCGGUUCCACUGAGGUUUCGCACAUGAACGAGGAGAACGGCAGGCAGAAUGAGCGUGAAAUGGUCGACCGUCCACUUACUGAGCCACAGGACGCUACAAUGGACAUAACAUUACCCUUCCAGAACCAGCCAUGAGAAUACAGAGCACAGCUGAUGGUGCUAUACAGAAAGCCUUACUGAACUGUGAAACCAAUGGACUGCAGCUACUGGACAUGACUGUGGAGCAUGGACCACUGUAGACAAUUGUUACCUCAUCUGCUUUCCUGAAGGACAAAAGUAAACAAGUGUUCAAUACAUUUUUGGUAUGUUUAUUGUGGGUUUUUUGUUUGUUUUUUUGUGAUUACCAUGUUUACAUGCUUGUGUUAAAAUGUGUUAAUGUAUUAUUUCAAAGCUGCAAGUAUCUAUUUUCACUGUAUAAAAGGUCGGCCAUCAGAGCAUGUUGCAAUAUAUAAUGUUUCUGUAUUGAUUCAAUGAUCUUGUUGAAUUUUGCAGCCAGUAAUUUCAGUAAUGCACUUUAACGUCUCAAAAAUUCUAUAUUGGCAUAUAAAUAACUCUGACUUCUUUUCUAGCAUAUUGCCUUUCAGUAAGACACUUGUGAUUUCCUCCCUUACCUCUGUUAUAUGUCUACUUUAUAUUGCUUGUAAUCUUCUUACAUAGGCUGUGUCAAUAAUUGCACUGAUUCUCGGGGUUUCUAUCCCUGAUUUCCCCAGACUUCUGCUAUCAGUCACAUGAAAACACAUGGGCUCGUAUCACAACUUAGCACUUUCUAUAGAAAACUUCACAAAUUUACAAUCUUCUUAUGGCUCUUGUAAUGACUGCCUUAUCUUUAUGUCUUACUCUCCUUCAGUAUUGCAUAGUAAAAUGUACAGAAUGUUAUGUUUGAUAUUUAAGAUAAGAUAUUGAUGUUGGUGAAUUUCAAUAAAAGGAAUAUUGUA